CGCGAGUGGCAACGAACGAUCUCUUGUCUAGUGAGAAAUCGACGCCGCAUUUGAGAGUCGUAUAUUGACAGGUACGGUGAUAAACUCUAAUCACAUCGAGCGGCAGUUUUUAGAAGAUGCUGGCGAUGUAGUGCUCGAGCGAGUGCGAGACGCUGUAGAAAGACAUGGCAGUGUAAAAGUGAACCGCGUUCAACGAGUUUGCGACGAAGGAUAAACAUGCUAUAAAAGCAUAAUUACAAAGAACAGCGAGAUACAUCGUUGCACUGAUAUGCGCGAGUGGUAGGAGCGACACGUCGUCGCCUAUCCUAGCAUCGCUCGAAGAAUUUCAGGAACGCAACAGCGGGCAUUAUCACGAACCUCAAUUUGGUAGUGAAUGUGAAUAAGCAUAAUUCAAUGCACGCGGGAUGUCACAUCGAAGUGUCGCGAGAAAUAGCGACGAAACGAGGGGUCAGUGUUUAUUCGACGGACAAUGCAUGUUUCACGUGGUCGGUGGUCGCUGCUCUGUACCCUGCAGAAAGAUAUGUAAAUCGGGAAUUAUCAUACCCGCAUUACAUUGCAGUGUUAAAUCUCACGGGUAUCGAAUUUCCAAUGACAUUAAAAGACAUUCCGAAAUUCGAACGGUUGAACGCGGUGUCGAUCAACGUGUAUAGCAUCGAAAAUAGACAGGUCUUUCCUUUGUGGCUCACCAAUGACAAGAAAGAGAAGCAUGUCAAUCUCCUGUAUCUACAAUAUUCACGCAACUACAACAUUAGACACUUUGCGUGGAUAAAAAAUCUAUCCCGCCUUGUAAGAUCACAAAUUACUGGGAACGAGAGCAGGAAAUAUUUUUGUGAUCGGUGCCUUCAUUACUUCAGUUCGUGCAAAAAAUUGCAGCCGCACGAAGUGGAUUGCCAGAAGAUCAAUGACUGCGCCAUGCGACUGCCGAGCGAGGACGACAGGUGGCUCGAAUUCGACAACUAUAACAAUCGGGAACGAGUGCCGUUCAUCGUCUACGCCGAUCUGGAGUGCGUCUUACGCAAGACGAAAUCCGACAAGGAAGACGCGACGUCGUACAUGUAUCAAGCAUGAUGCGUUUAGUAUAGGCUACUACGAUGUGCGAUGUGCGUACAAUGACGCAUUAUUAUCGUAUCACUUCCGUCGCGAUAAAGACUGUAUAGCGUGAUUCGCGCGACAAUUCAAUGAUUUGGCGCAUCGCGAAAAAUAUCAUAUCCGCCAACGCCCAUGGAAACGUUAUCUAACAGCAAUGGGAGGCGUACCGUAGCGCGACGCGUUGUCACAUUUGCGAGAAACGUUCGCGCCGGACGACACGUGAGUCCGCGAUCAUUGUCAUCUCACCAGUAGAUACCGUGGUCCAGCGCAUUCGACAGAGAG